GAAAAAAAGCUUUUAAUUUCAUUGUCUCUUUUAGUGAUCUUUGCAAGUGCUCUCUCUCUCUUCUCUUCCCCCAAAUCGAAUUCGAAAGGAUGUGGGUGGAGAUAAUCUGCGCUCUCGCAAUCUACAAACUCGUUCGCCUUUUCUUCUACAACGACGAGUUCUCCGACGUCGAAACCUCCGACUCCACCGCUCUCUUCUCCGUCGCUCACAGACUAGAGAAGCUUCAUGGGGGAAAAGCUUAUGUAGGGCUUCGGAUUCCAGAUGCAGACACUUCUUCUAGACAAGAUAUCGAUCUUGUUCUCGUCACUAAAGAACAAGUGUUGGUGAUUGGUGUUAUGAAUCUCUCUGGGAUUGUUACGGUAAGGAGUGAUGGAAGCUGGGUUUGUGAAGGUGGGAAGCAUCAUUCCACUCACACCUACCCUGAUCCUCUGGCUGAAGUGAAGAAACAAGCUUCGGUUCUUGAGUCAUAUCUUGAGCAGAGGGGCGUUACUUUACUUGAAGGAAAUAUCUCUUGCAAAGUUGUCAUUCCCAAUCCUAAUUUUCGUACAAUGCAUUCAUUUCCGAGUGAGGUAAUUACAUACGAGGAGUGGCAACAUCUGAAACCAGUCUCAAGAAACAUACUUUCUGGUUGGGUUAAAGGCGCAUUCAGCACAGGAAAAGAUACGGACGACUCGUCGCAUCAAAAACUUAACUUCAUCCUUGGCUCGGCACCAGUGUGGGAUAGGGUGGAGCUUAAAAACAGCAAGAUUGUGUUAGGGGAAUUCCUUGAGUUUAAAGGAAAAGAGGAAGACACUUUGGCUUUGAGAGAUAUCAAAAGAUCAAAAGUGGACCGUAUCUCUAUUCAGCAAACUAGCAUGCUUGGAUUCGCUCCAACAAGGUUGCAGGUUCUGUACUCGUACAGGGACUACAGAACUGAAGGCAGUUCAGGAUCAGAGACGAAGGAAGUGACAGUAAGGUCGAGCACCGAGGUUGUGUUCCAGCCACGCGACUCUGGAAAGAUUAAGAAAUUCAAGCUAUCCUCCCUCCUUUCCGUUUCACUAAGUGCCUAACGACUGCUUCUGUCAGCAGAUAAAGGAUGUUAAUGUCUAUUAUAUGACUUACAUAGACCAAUCCUGAAAUGAGUAUAUUAUUAAGAGAUAUAUCAGUUUUUUUUCAUAGAUAGUAAUAAAAUUAAACCACGAAUUGUCCAGUUUUGCAAAGAGAUCAUCCUCCUCUACUUGUGACUGCUACUGCUGCUGCAGCUUGUACUCUUCUUUUUAAGCAGGUUUCCAAAUUUCCGGAGCAAAGGUUUCUUCUUCUUCAUCAUAUGUUGUUCCUUCAAGAGCAAAUCUCCAGAGUCUUCUGUGUGGUCUGUUGAAGGGAACUGAUCCAAGUUCUCACCACCUUCUUCUGUUUUCAACUCAACUUCCUCUUCCACAGAGUCGAUCUCUGUUUCUCUCUCUGCAGAUACUUCACUUCUUUCAAUCUUGUAGCUCUCCCACAUCUUGAACUCAGUCUCCACACCCUCUUUCUCUACUUUUCCUUCUUCAACACUAUCAACUGCUCUAUGAAUUGCUUCCAUUGGACUUUCUUGUACCUUAUGUUCUCUGACAUCGGUCUCUGUCUUUUCCUCCUCACUCCCGGAAUCAUUUACCUCAGAGAACUGAACCAAGUCAUAAUCGUUGUCAAUGCCAUUUCCAAGAACUGGUAUCUCUUUGGUAGGAGAAGCUUCCUCCAUUUUCACAAGAGAGGCAGCUUCCCUGCCCUUUAGCUCAUUGUUAUCCUGCAUGGUAGUCUUUUCAUCAAUUAAAUUCUCUUUAAGCUUCGACAACUCCUCUAUUUUCCUUGCUGCUAAAGCAUCACGUGAUUUAAGCUCUUUGUUUUCUUGAGUAACUCUUUGAAACUCAUUUUCUUUAUCAAACCAACUUUGCUCAAGAUGUAACAACUCAUCAAUCUUUUCCAAAGAAGAAGCUUCCUUGGCCUUAAGCUCCUCGUUUUCGUGUAAGACUCUCCGGAAUUCGUUCUGCUUGUCAAGCAAACUCUGUUUAAGUUUUGUCAACUCUUCAAUUCUCUGAAGGGAAGAGGCUGCUCCAGCCUUGAGCUUCUCGUUUUCAGCGAUUGCGGCCUUCAGGUCCGUUUCUUUAAGAAGUAAACUCUUAUUAAGAUCUGAUAACUCGUCUAUGUUCUUGAGUGAUGAAACCUUCUUGGACUUCAGCUCCUCAUUUUCGCAAAUGACAGCUUGUAACUCGUUUUCUUUCACGAGUAAACCUUUAUUGAAGUUUGAUAACUCUUCUAUCCUCUUUUGGGAUAGAGAGUCCUUGGAUCUAAGGUCCUCAAUCUCCAUGAGCAUACCGUGCAGCUCAUUUUCUUUGUUAAGAAGAUCCUCUUGCACCUUUGACAACUCCUCAAUCUUCUUGAGAUAAGCAGUCUCUCUUUCUUUGAGCUCCUCUCUUUCUUGUAUGGAACCCUGGAGUUUGGAUUCAUGCAUUUUUGACAACUCCUCAAUCUUUUUAACAUACGCAGACUCUCUCUCAGUUCCUCAUUUUCCUGAACAGUCUGCAGUUUGGUCUCUUUCUCAACUAGGCUUUUAUUCAAGCGCUCAUUGGCUGCUGACAAUUCUUCAAUCUUCUUACGAUAAGCAGCCUCCUUAUCUUUGAAGCCAUCUCUUUCUUGGAUAAUACUUUGCAUAUCAACCAAGCUCAUAUUCGCCUUUGACAACUCCUCAAUCUUCUUCAGAUGAACAGACUCCCUUUCUCUGAGCUCCUCAGCUUCUUGCUCAAUGCACUGCAGUUUUGUUUCUUUAUCCACCAAGCUAUCAUUCGCCGCUGAUAACUCCUCAAUCUUCUUGAGAUAAGCAGCUUCACUUUCUCUGAGCCUUUGCAGAUCCGUUACCUUAUCAACCAAGCUAUCAUUCGCCGCUGAUAACUCCUCAAUCUUCUUGAGAUAAGCAGCUUCACUUUCUCUGAGCCUUUGCAGAUCCGUUGCCUUAUCAACCAAGCUCUCAUUGGCCACUGAUAACUCCUCAAUCUUUUUAAGAUAAGCAGCUUCACUUUCUCUUAGUUCCUCACUUUCUUGAUUUGCCAUUGACAACUCCUCUAUCUGCCUCAAAUGAGCAGCUUCCCUUCCUUUCAGCUCCUCCGCUUCUUGAGUAAUGCUCAACAGCUUGGUUUCUUUAUUAACUAAGGCUUCUUUAACCUUUGAUAACUCAUCCAUUUUCUCGAGUACAGAACUUUCCCAUUCUCUGAGGCUCUUGUUUUCUGCCACGGCAUUCUCCAACUCUUCUUCUCUGUCCAACAAGCUCUCUUUCAGUUUCAUGCUUUCGGCUUUUGCUUCUCCAAGGGUUUCCUGUAGAUACUUUAUCUCCCCCUCAGCUUCCUUGAGAUUCUUUUUGAGACUGGCUUCUUCGCUUUCUUUGAGCAGAUUCAUCAACUUGCUUACUUCUUCAUGCAAAGACGAAUUUUCCUCUUCUGAUUUCGUCACAAGUCCCAUCAAAUGAAGCUCUUUCUGUUCCCACACGGCCUUAGAGUUCUCAAAUUUGCUAUCUAGAUCGCUUUUAAGACUAGCAUUUUCUGUUUUUACUUCCUCAAGCAUUUUUUCAUACUUUUCAUUUGUCUCCUUCAAACUUUCAACUUGGGCUUCACAGCGCUCGAGCUCCUCAUGUGCUUCCUUUGCUUCCUUAGAUGCUUUCUGCAAAGCCAAAGCUAAGCUCUCCACUUCUUUCUUGCUCGUCUCUUCUUCCAUCUUACAUCGCUCCAACUCUACUGAAAGUUCCUUUUCAUUUUCCAAUGCUUUUGUUUUCUCUUCUUGAGAGAUCUCAAGCUCAGAUUUAAUUGAUUCAACAACCUUUUCCAUCUUAGAAGCUUCUUCCUUUGCUAUGCAAACUUGUCGUCCAUAUUCCUCAAGAUCUUUUCUCUGCGCUUCAAUUGUUCUCUCUAGAUCUUCAAUCUUUUCUUUUUGUGCAGCAUUGUCUGACCUCGUCUCAUGCAGCACCUGAUUACAUUCAGCCAGCUGCUUCAUAAAAGAGUCCAUAGACUCUGAAGCAGAUCUGUUUGAUUCUUCAAGUUGCUUUUCAAGUUCAUGAACCUUCUUCUUCCAUCCUUCUGCUAAAAUAUUAGCAGAAGAUUCAGCAGUUUUAGCAGCUUCCAUAGACUCUAAAGCAGAUCUAUUUGAUUCUUCAAGUUGCUUUUCAAGUUCAUGAACCUUCUUCUUCCAUUCUUCUGCUAAAAUAUUAGCAGAAGAUUCAGCAGUUUUAGCGGCUUCCAUAGACUCUAACGCAGAUCUAUUUGAUUCUUCAAGUUUCUUUUCAAGUUCAUGAACCUUCUUCUUCCAUUCUUCUGCU